CAAGCCCAUUACCAUAAUAUUACCACGAUCAAGUCAAGCCACGAAUCUCAUCAGACUCCUGACCCCCAAACAUCUGAUUACCAUUUUCCCAUUCAGACCAAAAACCACCAGCCUUCAAAAAUGCAACUCAAGUCCCUCAUCCCCCUCAUCGCCUUGGCAACCCAAACCGCAGCCCUCGGCAAAGCAACAGUCGUGAACAACUGCGCAACCGAAGUCUCACUCUGGUCCGUCGGCGGCGACGUCCGCGCCGCGGGACCCCUCGCCGCAAAGGGUGGCACAUACAGCGAGACCUUCGCCCGGGACCCGACGACUGGCGGCCGGGCCCUCAAAGUCACCCGCGCGCGCGACGGCUUGUACACGGGUGCCCCGCAGCUCGUUUACGCGUAUAACUUGGACGGCAGCGGCGUGUGGUAUGAUUUGAGCACCGUUUUUGGGGACGGGUUCAAGGGGAGCAAGAUUGUUGUUGCGAGUCGGCUUGCGAGUUGUCCUGCUAUUGUGUGGGCGGGUGGAGUGAGUCCGGGGGGAAGUCAGGUUAAGGUUUGUACGGCGGAUCAGGAUGUUGUUUUGACGCUUUGUGCUUAGGGGGUCUUUGUGACCGAGAGAGCGGGGAGGAGGAUGGUCAUGUUGGUUGUGGGAUGAGAUGGGGCUUGAGGAAGGAGAGAGUGUGAUUACAUGCCUACAUAGUUUCAAUGUUUAAUGCUUGACCAACAUCCUUCCUAGAUCUUGCCAGGUUUUGGAGACAUAUGCUACAGCUUACACGACAUCGAUUGCCUCGACACCUUCCAGCCGGCUUGUACGUCAAAGAUGAUCACUAUUCACGUAGGAAACAGACGCUUAUGUACAUUAUCUAUGAUACAACCUAU